GAAGGGCAAUCCAGGCAUGCCUGGGGAACCGGGACCAAGGGGCCAUCCUGGAGAAUUGGGACCUCGGGGACCCGCUGGACCACCGGGUGCCAAGGGACAGGAAGGUGCACAUGGGGCUCCUGGAGCAGCUGGAAACCCUGGUGCUCCUGGACAUGUCAGUUCCCCUGGUCCCAGUGGCCCUCCAGGAAGUGUGGGUGCUCCUGGCCUCAGAGGCCCCCCUGGGAAAGAUGGGGAGCGUGGUGAGAAGGGCGCAGCAGGGGAAGAAGGCAGCCCAGGGCCUGUUGGUCCCAGGGGAGAUUCUGGUGCUCCUGGACUCCCUGGGCCACCCAGAAAAGGGAAGGAUGGAGAGCCGCAGAGGAUGCAGUCAGCCUGGCACGUGGUGGAUGGGUCAGUGUUCACUCUCAGCUCCAUGAUUGUCCUUGUAUUAUUUAUUUCCCCACGGACUCCGUGGAUCACCUGGACUCCCUGGACCCCUAGGAACCAAGGUCAUCGCGUUCCAUUUGACUAA